UCUACUUCUACAUCUACUUCACCUAUUUCUAUAUCAUCCACAUCAUGCGCCCCGCAAUGCCCCUCUCCCAAGGCCUCCGCCUCAUCUCUUCUCUCCCCCGAUCCGCCAUCUCCCGCAACGCCGCACGACCUCUCUCCCACCUCGCCUUCCGCUCCCUUCGACCCUCCCCAGUCCCAUCCCAACGACCAGCCACAAGAAUCACCAUCCCCUCAAUCGGCAGCGUCCGCACCAACUCCUCCUCUCCCUCCUCCUCAUCCGAGACCGGCGACCGACCCCUGACAGACCGCACCAACGACCCCGCCACCGACGCUGAACACGAGCAAGCAAACCGCCAGCGUCGAGAACAGGAACCCGCCUACCAGAUCACCUUCACCUGCAAGCCAUGCAACGAGCGCUCUUCGCACCGCAUGUCCAAGCACGGCUACCACCGCGGCACGGUUCUCAUCCGGUGUCCGACGUGCCGCAGCCGCCACGUCAUCAGCGAUCACCUCAAUAUCUUCCUCGAUCAGAAGAGUACCCUCGACGAUAUCUUGGCGAAGCAGGGCGAUAAGUUGACGAGGGGCUAUGUGGAGGGCGAUAUGGAGUUCUGGGAUGAUGGGUCGUCUACGCCGAGGUCGCAGUCUGAGACUGAGUCGGAAGGCUCGUCUGGGUCGUCGGAUGGACAGGGCAAGCUGGGUUGAUUUGAUUUCUUUGAUGGUUGGGUUCUGUUUGGACUUGGACCGUACUCGGUUGGUGGUCCUGGCGUUUGGUCGAUCUUGCUGUCGUCGUUAGCGCUAUAGAAGGGUUUGCCUGCGAUGUUGAUACUGGGGAUGGAUGCCUAAGCGCUCGAAUCGUGAUAUGAUGACUUUGGGGCGUUAUAUACAUGGCUCUCAAAAUUUGGUUUGGAGAUCGGCGAUCAACCUUUACACUUCUCCGUGACUUCUGU